AUGGCGGACCCUUCAACCUACACUGUUGGGUGGAUCUGCGCCUUGACAACAGAGUUAGUUGCGGCAAAAAGCUUUUUUGAUGAAGAAUACGAAGUAAAUCUAGACGUGCAAGCUCCUGGAGACAAUAACAGCUAUUCCUUCGGGAGAAUGGGGAAGCAUGACGUUGUCGUGGCAUCCUUACCCAGAGCCGAAUACGGCAUAGCCCCAGCUGCAUCUGUAGCCAGAGACAUGUUACGAACCUUUCCCAAUAUUCGUGUUGGACUUAUGGUCGGUAUUGGUGGUGGUGCUCCGCGCCCUGAGCAUGAUAUUCGUCUUGGAGAUGUCGUAGUUAGCGUCCCUUCGGGAGCGAAAGGGGGAGUCCUUCAUCAUAACCGGGGCAAGACAAUACAGCAACAAGAGUUCCAGUUGACUGGGUCAUUGAAUCAACCACCCCAAUUUGUGUUGACUGCUGUGGGGGCACUAGAAGUGGAUUAUGAAGGUCAAGGCCAUGAACUGAACGAAAGAAUCGAAGAAGCACUCAGUAAACGACCUCGCCUCAAAAAGCGGUAUGCUCGUCCAACAACAGAGACAGACAGGCUCUAUGAAUCCAGCCACAUUCAUAGCGAAUCUCCAAAGUCUACAGCAUGUAAAGACAACUGUGGCGAAGAGAACCUCAUUAUCCGAGAGGUUCGAGGCGAUGAUGACGAUGACCCAAUGAUCCAUUAUGGUCUCAUUGCCAGCUCUGAUAUGCUCAUGAAGGACGCAACUAUCCGGGAUAAGUUAGCCAGUGAUGAGGGAGUAUUAUGCUUUGAGAUGGAAGCAGCCGGCUUGAUGAACCACUUCCCCUGUCUGAUUAUCUGUGGGAUCUGCGACUAUGCCGACUCUCACAAGAACAAGGAAUGGCAAGGUUUUGCAGCGGUGACUGCUGCAGCAUACGCGAAGGAGUUGCUUCAGAAGAUUGCGCCGACAAAGAUACAGACGGAGAAGCCUCUUGCGAAAGUCAUCAGUGAACUAGGAAUUAAAUUGGAAAAUAUUACUACGCACGUGGAAGACAUAAAUGAUACUGUGAACACCUUGCAUGCAGAUAAUAGACGCGCGGAGAUCGAGCGCUGGCUCAAGCCACCUAGAGUCUCUACAAAUGUAGAAAAGGCCAAGAUGCGCCGCCACGAUGGUUCUGGUCAGUGGUUUAUUGAUAGCUCGGCCUUCCAGGAGUUCAAGGCUGGUUCGCGCCAGCAUUUGUGGCUCCAUGGAUUGGCUGGUUGCGGGAAGACAGUGCUAAGCUCACGAAUCCUCGAUGACCUCAGGGAUACCAGCGACACUAUUACAUUAGCACACUACUUCGACUUCAAUGAUGUCAAGAAACAGUCUCUUGAUGGCCUUCUCCGGUCCUUGGCAUUCCAACUUUAUCGACAGGGCAGCAGCGCUACUUCUUCGCCUCUGGAUCAGCUAUUUACCUCAUAUGAAGGCGGCUCAACGGAACCAGACAUUCUGGACCUGGAAUCCUGUGUUUCAGCCAUGUUCAAGGCCGUGGGACAGGCGCUCAUCUUGAUCGACGCUUUGGACGAGUGUACAUGCAGAAAAUUCCUUCUCCCUUGGAUCGGCCGGACUGGAUCAGAGAGCAUCAGAUUUAUUCUGACUGCUCGGCCAGAAAAUGACAUUAGGACCCACCUUUAUCACUUCUUUGGUGUUGAGAACUGUGUAGAUCUUGAUAAGGCUUCCAUUGAUCGUGACAUAAAGUCUUAUGUUCUUGCAAUACUCGAAACCGACCCCCGUUUCACAGAGAAAGGGCUAAGUAGAGAGUUACGCACAGAAAUAAGCAAUAAGAUCGGCUGUGGUGCAGACGGGAUGUUUCGAUGGGCCGCUUGUCAAAUGGAUGAUAUAGCAGAAUGUCUGAGUCCAAAUGACGUCCAGAAAUGUCUAAAAACGCUACCUAGAGAUCUUAAAGAGACUUAUAACCGCAUGCUAGAAAGAAUACACCCUGGUUAUAGAAGUGACUCCAUCCGUUUGUUGCAGUUUCUUAUUCAUCAUAGCGGACCCUUGCCCAUAGAUCUAGGAGUAGAGAUUGUUGCGACACGGAUGGACCAUGUUCAGAAACGACCCCGAUUUGACAUCGGAAAUAGACCCUUUAACUCAUUGAGCAUUGAGCGAUACUGCCCUGGCUUCAUAUCUGUGAUCGAAGUCAAGGACAGCGGACAGAAAGAGAUCCACAUCUCGCACUUCUCAGUUCAAGAACUCCUUCUAGAGUACGAGGAGUUCAGCAAAGAGAAGUCUGCAGUUGCCAUCACUCAAACCUUUCUCGCCUAUUUAGCCGGUAUCGAAGGACCGUUAUAUCGGAUGCCCUUUGAUUUUCCCCUCGCAAUGGAAGCUGCCUGGAAUUGGCCCGUCUCUGCUCUUGUUGCAGGACUUGAAGAAGACACCGUAGAAAUGGCAGCUGAGUUCUUAUCGAAUGACAAGAUGGUCACGCGGUGGUACCGAAUCUGUAUCCCGAACCCUGAGUUACCGUUGGAAGUCCCUAGGACCAUCCUUGGAAUAACAGUAACUAAAUAUUUCGAGCCACCAUCACCCACAACAUCUGGUUUAGAGCAUGCGUGCAAAACUGGACACCUAGGAAUUAUCAGACGUCUGAUACAAAUCUCGGAAACAAGAGUUGAUAAACGGGAGAUUGAAACUUCAUUGCGUGUUGCUGCUGUAGAACAUAUGGAACUCCAUUGGCGGGACUGGGGGAUUCCACAGAGAACUCCAAAUCGAUUCUUCAAUCUACUGUUCUCAGAUGGGAUCGAAAGUUUAGAUCCACAGCUGUGGAGAAGCAUGCUGCAAAGCUUUCUCAGCAUUGGAUUUUAUUAUGGGCAUCUGGAUAUGGUAAAGCAGUCGAUAGAAGCUGGUGCCGAUAUUGAGACAUUUGUGAAAAGAUUCGGGUGCAGAUUUGUCAAUCACGGGGGACUUCACCAUUUAGAAGUUUCCAAGUUUCUUAGGAAAUGGGCAUCCGAUCCAGAAUACUGGGAAAGUCUUCUGCGGAUUUCUAUCGAAUUUGAUGACUCUGAAACUGUCGAGGCACUACUGGACGAAAUGCCAGAUGGUUGCUCAGCAUACAAAGUUUUGGAAGCCGCCUCGUUUCGCAAACGCGAAGACCUUGUUCGGCUGCUUUUGCAAAAAGGGACCGUUUUCGACAACAACUUCAUCAACUUGGCACCUGGAAGGGAAAAUAUUAUGCAAGCGCUACUAGAUCAUGGGUAUGACGUUAGCAGGGAACUGCAAUUAGGGGGUCCCUUGGCUACUGUGUUGCACCCUAAAAAUCAAAGACUAAGAGAAAUCAUCUGCAACGCCGCUAUAGCGAAUCCCAAAGUUAGUGAGCGAGCAAAGGAUGUUCUCAAGGCUGCCCUCGACAGUAAAAAUAACGAAUUUGUUGAGUAUUUGUGUGACCAGAACCCGCUGGUCAUCUGUCAGGCGAGGUAUUCUGACCUACAAUGCAUUGAUACUUUCUUUGAGGUUCUUUUAGGUGAGCAUAGGCAUUUUUUCCAGCUUCUCAUAAAGAGAGGCACCAAGGACUUCGUAAAAGUUCUUGGUGCGCCGUUGUCGCCUCUGAUUAUUGCUGCAUUCAACGGUCAUGCUGACAUAGUUGAGGAACUCAUCGAAAGUGGAAUAGGCAUGGUUUCUGAGCAACUCAUGUUAUACUGCGCAAUUACAGAGGGGCACGAGCAAGUGUUGCAAGUUCUUCUUGACCACGAUUUUAACCUCAAUGCGAGGUUUGACUCCCCGUGGCUUGAAAAUCGCGUACGCUUUUCUAGGCGCAAUAGAGGAAUUUUAGACCGCGCAGAGCUUUCGAGGAUCGCUGCAGACCUUCCACCUCGAUUUAAACCAGCGCAGGAUACUGGCCAAGACGGUGUUAACAUGGCAUUGUGGUGGGCUCUUCUGGGAGAGAAAGACGUUAUCGUUCAAAUGCUUCUAGAUCAUGGCGCAGAGUUUCACGGUAUCGAUCUUAAAUGCAACACUGCUUUACACCUAGCCUCUCUUGCGGGCUUUCAGCAAACAGUCAGAGCGCUCCUUAAAAAGGGAGCCGACAUUCAUGCAGUGAACAAAGCUGGGAGGACUCCUCUUCAUGUCGCAUCCGUUCAUGUUGCUCAGAUGUUGGUGGAUGCUGGCGCCGACAUCGAAGCAAAAGAUAACAGGGGCUGGACGGUAAUGCAUCAUGCCUCUAAGCUCGGCGAUGUCAGCAUGCUGAGAUUCUUGGCCUCUCACGGAGCUGAUUUCUCUGCGCGGACUGCUGACAGUUUAAAUGCUUUACACGUGGCCCGCAGCCCCAUCGGGAUUGGGGAGACUUUCGGGUGCCUGAUUGAAAAUGGGGUCGAUGUCAUGGAUGUUGAUGAAGAGGGAUCGACACUUCUGCACAAAGCAUGCCUAGCUUCCUAUGUUGCCAGCGUGCGGCUGCUGAUCAAAGCUGGAUUGAGCAUUCAUGCACGCGAUAACAAAGGAAGAACACCCCUUCAUAGAGCACUCGAACUUAUGAGUGUCACAUCUCUCGCCCUUGUCUCAUAUCUGCUGGACCGUGGAGCUUGCGUCAACGCUCGAGACAACCAAGGCUGCACGGCCCUCCACCAUACCAUUGAUCUCCGUCAAGAUAUAUCUAAUAUAUGUGCAUGGAUUACAGAGCUUAUCCUAGACCAUGGUGCUGACAUCAACGCCCGGGACAUUAAUGGCGAAACUGCAGUGUUUCGGGCCUUUUCUAACCGUGAUGAUUUUGAUCCAGCCAAACUUUUGCUGGAAAGGGGGGCUGAUGUGAACAUUCCGAAUAAUAAAGGGGAUACGAUUUUGCACCAAGGGAGUGAUGGAAAUCUGGGCUUACUGAAAAUGCUACUAGGUCAUGGAGGUGAUGUCAAUGCUCUGAACAACAAAGGCGAGUCCCCUCUAGCAUCAGCAUUGAUGAGAGGGAAGAGGGCAGAGCAAGUGGCAGAUAUGCUGGUUUCAUGGGGAGCGAAAGACAUCAGAAAUGGGCAGGAACAGAACAAAUAUGAGCUAUAG